UGUUACGAAUUUUAAUUGUAGCUUCGGCUAUAUCGUGAUCAAAUGAAGGAUGAUACAUCUCCAUUGGGUGGAUUUUUUUGCACCGACUAUAAAUAUCGACUGAGGUAUUCCUUAUCAUUGUCAGUAUCGCUUAGCUCCUUCAGUAGUGAAGUGCAAAAUUUCUCCAUUAACAAGUGCCCUGUGAAGGAAAUUAAAUCACACAAAAUGAAAGUUAUCGCCAUCUUCCUCUUGGUUGCCGUAGCCGUUGUGGUGGCUAAACCUAAACCAGCCGUCAUUGCUUACUCUGCACCGUAUGUUGCUGCAGAACCUGCUGCCACGGUUGUUGAGAGCACCUACCACGGUGUAUCAGCUCCUCUUGUGGCAUCUCCCUACGUCUCGACCUAUUCAGCUGCCUACUCUGCCCCACUUGUUGCUGCACCCUAUGCCUAUGCUGCCUAUCCAUAUGCUGCGGGUGCGGUUUACGUGUAGAAAGGUGCGAUUACCUCAACUGGCAUGGACAACACUGCAAUCCACUCAGGCUGCUCUAACAUCGAAAAAUACUCCUUCGUUAAACAAAUUGCACCAUAAGUCAACUGACAAGACCAACUUUAUACCAAAUUCCAUCAUAAUCUUGCUGAUAUGAAGUUUUUUUUCUCAUUUGUAAAAAAAGAAAAUUACAAAAACUUUUGUUAAAUUAA